AUGGCCUCGGGCCAGGAGCAUGAUGCGAAAUUUGCAGCGAUUCUAGAAAGAUCAUAUCGCCAGACGGCCGAAUUCGAACAACCCAUUGUCAAGCCGAGCUGGACUUUUCCGCUCCCCUUUGUUGCCUUUGGAACCUCGGAAGAGUCAUCUCGCGGAGAAACCUGCUGGGGUCCUCCUCCACGUACACUGGCAGAACUCCGAAUGUACGCACUUUCUUGGGCGAUUCGAAGCAAACCCGACUGGCGUCGAAAGGCCAAGGACGCGACGAUAAUGGAGAAAUGGCGUGAAGAAGCGACGGAGCAACAAAUAACUCUUCCUAAAUACGAAAAAUUGACGAAAAAUAUGAUCAACUUCACCUUGACGGAGUUGGCUGCGUACUCUGAGCUAGCAAAUAAUCCACUCGGGCUCGAGGCUGGUCCGUUUGACGCAAUAUGGUAUUCUGACAAGCUCAUCACCGAUGACCUUGCUCAACUGUUGCGAACUGAAGUUGCCAAACUCGAAGAUAUUCCUGACAGUGAAAAAGACUGGCAUCCGGGGUCCCACGACCAAGUUCUUGAUCUUGUUCACCCCUCUCUCUAUCCCAUCAUGUACGGCCGAACCAUUGCUUCAACAACAAACACGACAGUGGCCGUUCCUUACGAAAAAUCGUGGAAAAUAUGGCUCUCGGACGACAUUAAUGCGCACUGCUUGUCGGAAAAGUACUCUUGGCUCCCAUCCGACUUUGCCAUUUCGUCAAAUAAGCCUGAUGGCGUUGCUGAAGCCCGUCUUGUUUCUCCGUACAUCAACAACCUGCACCCGACAACCCAUCAACAGCUUUACUGCGUAAUUGAGCAGGCCAUCGGGGCAUUCGUUCCCCUUUUCGAGCGGGUAUUGAGUCAAAUAAACGGCUCCGAACAAGACUUGCUGCGCGAAUGGCAAAAAGACGAGGUCCCUGGUGGUUCGGGCCGUAUCAAGGUGAAAUAUGGCUUUGGGACUUUCAUCGGGUUUGACCGCAAGUACGUUGGACUGCGGGUGCCGUGCAUUUGGGCCAGCGGAAUGCGUGACCGCGGAGAAUUUGAGACCAACGACCAAUAUCUUGAUGCUAUAGAGAUACUUCCCGAGGCACAUGAGGAAGAUAACGGCGCGUUGAAGAGGACUUUUGUUCCUUACUCGCUGCGGGGCAAGACUAUUCAGUGCAUUGUCAAACUUGCAAACAUCCAUUUGACGCCAGAGAACAAGGAGUAUGCGGGUGGUAGCUGGCAUGUCGAAGGCAUGCUAAAUGAACGCAUCGUGGCUUCAGCAAUAUAUUAUUAUGACGAGGACAACAUCACUGAAUCAAGACUGGAAUUCCGGGUUACGACUAGUCCUCCUGUUUAUCACGAGCAAGACGACGAAUUAUGUUCAAAAGUUCUGUAUGGUAUGGAGCGGGAGACACAUUGUCUUCAAAGUUUGGGUUCAAUCGAGACGAAAUCUGGGCGUGUGUUAGCAUGGCCCAACAUCUACCAACACAAGGUUGCACCGUUCAGUCUCAAAGACCCUACCCGCCCUGGUCAUCGAAAAAUUCUUGCAGUAUUUCUUGUCGAUCCUUCCAUCAAACCGGUCCCAUCGGCCACAACCGUGCCUCCCCAACAAAGCGAAUGGGCGCUGCGCGCGCUGUUGGAAGCACAACAAGAUCCGCGCUCUUUAGUGUCGCGCCUGCCGCUUGAGCUCAUCCAAGCAAUUUCCGCUGAACUAGAGCAGGUUGAGGGAGGACGGUAUUUGGGCCGUCGUGAGGCGCAUGAGGUAAGAACCAGACUCAUGGCCGAGCGGAAGGUGUUCCUAAAAGCAAGGGAGGGCACAGUCGCGUUGAGUUUUAACAUGUGUGAGCACUAA